GAUGGCUGGGCGGAUUGGGUGACACGGCAAACACACUGAGACAGUCGUGGCAGGGGGAAGAGAGAGAGAAAGGUGGGAGACAGAGGGGGGACAGCAUGGAGAGAAUCAGUGAGAGUGAAGCAGUCGGCGGUGUGACUCCCAGUGGUGUCGCCGUACCUGUCGGCAGACAGGAGUGACAGAGGAAUAAAGAACAUAGCGCUCCUCGUGUGGUGUCUUCCUGCAGGGACAAGUUGUUACAACUACGACACAAAGACGGCAAAGCCAGGGGCCCAGGUGAGGAGGAUUGGACCGGCGGCUGUAGCAGAAGGAGGAACAGAAAAGCAAAGGGAGGGUAAUCGGCGGUGAGAAGGACUGGGGGAGCAGGAGGAUUGCCAGGCGAUUACUUCUUCCAUCGACGGUGAGUGAGUUCGAGGCCCUGUGGAUGUCGGCAUGGGAUCAAGGUGCUGGCGGAGGUACACACGGGCGUUGUUGACGUGGUCACCAGCCUGGUCUUCCCGUGGGUGGGAAUCCACCCGACAGUGCACGUGAGGACCUUGGUGUACCUGGGGGAAAUACCAACAACAAGCUGCGUGUGGUGAUGUGUGGUCAAGCAGACGACAUUUGUCAAGGAUUCUAUAACAGGAGUACUAUCAUCGCUGUGUUAUCGGCCCGAGGGCUGCUCGAGUUUGUGUCUAUAUUUGUGUCGUGUCUAAAUUUGGAAGUGCGGAUGACAUUUUCCCACGUGACAGAAACUUUUGUUGGUGGACGAGAAGGAAAACCCCAAGGACGCGAGUGAGUGUACGGUGUGUGUGGACAUCACACCACCACCACCACCACCAACAACAAACAAGUGACUCAUCAGUCAUGCCGCAGCCCCGGCUUGUGAUUUCCUGCUAGCUGUUGCGAGAAUAUCGUGAAUGUGUCGAGAUCAGCACGAGAUCCACAAGCAGGACUAAGCGAUCAUCAAAGACAAAGGUGAAGUGAGAAGAAAAUGUCUGGAAUCAGGCGAGCGGCCUUGCGCUACGCCAUCUUGGUCCUCGUGCUCCUCCUGGCCUCCUCCCUGGCGAGCGACGUCUUCUACUCCAUCAGAGAGGAGUUAUCUCCCGGCACCAUCUUCGGCUACAUCGCCGACGACUCGGACCUCCGGCGGAAGGUGACCGACGAGCUGAACAACCUGCGGUACAGCUUCCUGACCCAAGGCAACCCCAACAGCAGGUACUUCAACAUCGAGUCCAAGACCGGAGUCCUGUCGGUCGGCAGUCGCAUUGACCGCGAGACUGUCUGCAGCUUCCGACCGGACUGUCAGCUGACGGUGAGUGCGGUGGUGCAGUCGGAGCUUGGUCCCUUCUUCCACAUCAUCAACGUCCACGUGGAGAUCGUGGACGUCAACGACAACCCGCCCACCUUCCUGCAGGACGUCUUCACGGUGUCCAUCCCCGAGAACGCGGCGCUGGGGGUCACCUACCCCUUGCCCACUGCCUUCGACAAAGACACAGGCACCAACAACACGGUGGGCGACUUUGGUUUGGCUGGUCCUCUCGUGCGAGACUAUUUUCUCAUCACGGGGCACGAGACCUUCUCCCUGCAGUCGUCACGUGACGAGGUGGGCAACGUGCAGACAGCACUACAGCUGCACAGCGAGCUGGACCGCGAGCAGGCCGCAGCCUACACGAUCUUGGUGGGGGCAAGAGACGGGGGGCGCCCCCCACUGACUGGCACCCUGACUGUGCACGUGACCGUCACCGACGUCAACGACAACUAUCCCGUGUUCGAGAGCUACGUGUACUACGUCAACGUCUCCGAGACGACCCGGACAGACGUCCCUCUUGUGCAGUCGUGGCACGCAAAACUGCUAAAGGUGUGUAGCGAUGAGUGUGAUGUGUCAUGGUCACAUGUGUCAUUGCUGAUGGUUUUAGAAGGAUUAUUUUGUUUCUCAGAUCAGAGCUGGGAUGCCGACAUCGGACACAACGGCAACCUCACCUACAGCUUCUCGCAGCUGCAACCGCAGGACGUCCUCAACCUCUUCCGCAUGGAGACGGUGACAGGCACCAUGUACCUCGCGCGCAGUGUAGAGAACCACACUGGAAAAAUUUUGAACUUGUGGUGGAAGCCAAGGAUCAGGGGUCACCCCCAAAAUCUCACGAGCUCUCGUGCGAGUGCGCGUGCUGGACACCAUCAACAGCCGCCCAGAGAUCUACGUGGACAUACUGUCCUCCACUGGCGAGGGGCGGGCAGAGACCUUACCUGUCCUGAACUCAUUUUAUUGCUGACUUACCUGUCCUCUGUUGACUCCACCACAGCAGUGUCGGAGUACGCGGAGGUAGGAAAGGUGGUUGCUUACGUGUCCGUCCGCGACCCGGACUCAGGUGAGAAUGGUGUGACAGUGUGUCGCCUCAACACACAGGACUUCGAGCUGCAGCCCUUGAACAACCAGGGACAGUACAAGGUCAUCUUGGUGACGAACUUAGACCGAGAGAAGACAGCGCAGUACGACAUCGCCGUGGGCUGCACGGACUUCGGCUUCCCGCCGCUGGAGAACACGGCCAAGUUCCUCGUCAUCGUCAAGGACGAGAACGACAACGCACCCGUCUUCUCGCGCCGCAGCUACGUCACCACCAUCAAAGAGAACCGCACGGUGGGCGCCGUGGUGGCGCAGCUGACGGUGACGGACUACGACGAGGGCCGCAACGCCGAUGUGACGUUUCGCGUGGCCGGCGCCUACGGCGACGACUUUGAGAUUCUCGACAACGGCACCAUGAUCGCCACCGUGGCUCUGGAUCGGGAGGUGUCCGAGAAGCUGGUGGUGAAGGUUCUGGCGGUGGACAAAGGUUUCCCUCCCUUGUCGGGGUCGGCCACAGUGUUCAUCACCCUGGAGGACGUCAACGACCAGGCGCCGUCCUUCAGCGACCGCCGCUACUCCUUCAGCGUGGCGGAGGAUGCUCGCCCCGGCACCUACGUGGGCAUCGUCAGCGCCGACGACGGCGACGUGGGGCGAAACGCUGAGGUGACGUUCCUGCCGGCGCCCGACCAGUACAGCGACACCCCGGCGACCUUCGUCAUCACCAGGGACGGCGUGGUGAAAACCAAUGUGGAGAUGGACAGAGAAAAGGUUGAUGUUCAUUUCUUCGCGGUCGUGGCUCGGGACGAGGGGGACCCGCCCCUCUCCUCUACCGCCACCGUCACCAUUCAUGUCGAUGACGUCAACGACAACGUGCCCGUCUUUCUCUUCCCCACAGAGGCCAACGACACCCUGUCCAUACCCCACACCUUCGCCCCGGGUACCCCGAUCACCCGCGUCCUGGCCGAGGACUCGGACUCGGGGCCGAACGCAGCGCUCGUGUACUCGUGUGCCUCCGCCAACGACUCGGGCCUCUUCGGAAUCAACUCGGGUACAGGCGACCUGUACCUACACCGCUACCUGUCUCGCAGUCAGACGGGCUUGUACGUGCUGCGGGUGGCGGCUCACGACGAAGGCACCCCCCAGCUGUCCAACCAGACACUCCUCUUCGUAGACAUCUACUUUGACAACAGUACGCUGCUGGAGUCGGCGCAGGCGGUGGCGCCGUCCAAGGCGGUGAUCACGGCGCUCAUCCUGGUGGGGGUCAUCGUGGUAGUGGCGGGGGUGGCCGUCACCACCCUCGUCUGCAUCCGCCGCUCCGAAGCCAGGAAGAAGAAGAACGUCAGCGUCGACCAACAGGCGGCGCCAGGAAAGCUGCAAGGAGGGUACUACAUCGCCCCGGGGGUGUGCGAGUCUCCUGCCUUUGGAGGCGUGGUGACCAGCAGCGGCAGGGUGGGUAAGCCGGUACCCGAACAGGCGGGCGGCAGCGACAACACCGUCAGCGGCAAGGACACCAGCAACUUGCGGACAGCCAACCCCUACGUCAUCAUGCCGCCUCACAGCAACUACAGCGACCCUGAGGGUCCGCCGGAGAUAAUCGAGAUCUCUCGGAACGGACUGUUCCACCGCACGGAGGAGCCCUACCCGGAGGACUUUGACGGGAGGGCAGACGACAGCCAUUUUCUACCUUCCGGUCACAAGAGGGUGCACUCAGCCAGGGUUUCCGGCAAAACUCUCUACGCAGACAAAAAAUCGUCAGAAGCCGUCGAUGAAGCAAAGAGAGCAGACGACACACUGAGUCUGAGCGAGUUAUCCUACCAGGGCAGCACCAGCGACAGCGGCCGAGGCGGCUCCGAGUUCGACAUCAACAACGGAGCCAGCAAAGAGAAGGGUGCGGCACCUGUCAGCUCUUCGCCAAUGCCUUUCAAGGGGAACAACUCUCUCGGACGACCUCGUGACCCGGAUGUGUCCUUCACGACCUUCAGAGGAGAGUCGCCGUGUAGUUUCCGCUUCGACUCGGACAGCGACACCCUGACCCGCAAUCCUCGCCAUGGCAACCCACGCUCCAGCCCCCUGCCGCUGUCCCCCAGCCUCCACCUGCAGCCGCACGCGCGCAGCCUGAACUGUGUGGCGGGUACGGGGUCACCGGGUGUGCACCGGAGCAUCCCCUUCGGUGCCGACUCCACCAGCUCCGACGAGGCCAACAGCACUGGCCGCAAGAGCAGCCUGGCCAGACGUGCAGUGACACCUAGCGGCGACAUUCUGUACGACAGAGGAGAGAGGAACUAUUCGCUGCCGACCGAGAGACCCUACGGCGGCGGUCUCGGGGGAGGCGCGCGCUUCCCCAACGGGUACGGGGGGUCACGCUCGGGUGCCCACGGCCCACCUGCCUUCGACCCCGCGUUCAGUCUCGCCAGUGCCGCGGCGCUGGGUGCCCACCCGGUGCACAAUCAUCACGCGGGCCCGCACGUGGAGUUUCGCGGGCGGAACACUUACGGCAACGCGGCCGUUCCGCGGCGAGGCGUGUCGGACUACGUCAACACGUUCGCCGACAACGACAGCGACGAUGAGACGCACGUGACGGCGGGCAAGGAGCCCACGGAGGUGGAGUACUUGUUGCCGCCGUACCCGGAAGUGGCUGAGGAGGAGGAAGGAGAGGACCACGCGACUGAGAGAAGUGCCUUAAACUUACCCGAGUGGCAAGAACCAAGCUCACCGCAAGGACGGUUCCUACAGAUCCAACUGGCAGUCGGAGGUCUAGUCAAUGUAGUUGUCACACUGGAUACACGUUUAACAGAAAAAGACUGUUCUGAGUCUUCACUGCCUACCCGAUAUUGAAGAUUCGUACCCGCUGUUACUAAGUCACGUGGGUGGUUGGUGAAUGGAAGGGUGGAGUGACGUGAGAGAAGGGAGAGAAACGAAUUAUGAGGACGAUUUAUUUAACCAAAUGGGAGUGGAAUUGAGGUGUGAAGAAUAGUCACUAUGUUGAUUAACCAACAUCACAACAUGAGAACUUCAUUUUCAUCUCGACCAAUGAUUCGUUUUAAAAAUUGUGUGUGACUGUCAGAAGUGCCGACCGACAUCGUCAUCGGAGUCGCCGACACUGAGAGCCGAGGGGCAGGUAGAAAUGAACUGUCACCCUCGGCAAGCGAAUUGAUGAGGAGUUGAAAAGCAUCGCCAUGUCAGCACAUCACGUUCCAUAGGUUCUGACCUUUGACCCAUGGAAGAUUAGUCAUAUGACUGUGGUGUCAAGUACGGAUAUCCAAACUUUUUUUAAAAAUUUAGGCGUAUGAAAGGAUGAAAAAUUGCUAUCAUUUGACAUCAACCCUCGCCAUUAUGCCAGAAAUAAAUUUCCAGCACUGAGCAGUCCCUGACUGCUGGGCUUUGCUUGAUGGGGUUGAUGCUGCCGUUGACUGCCUGUCAGUGCCUGUGACUGUCGUAGACUUACCAAUGAAGUGAACCCUAGUCACCAAGCUGUAGUGUAGACUGUAGAGAGCACGUUCUAUGCGCGUGUUGCGACAGGGACUGAGCCUGAUGACAGUCUCCAUCAACAUGUUAGCAAGCAUUUAUGUUUGUGUGUAUGUCAGUGUGUGUGCGUGUGUUGCAUACGUUGGCGCUGGAAGUUAUUUCGCAUUCCAAGCUUCAAGCAUUUCGUGAUGGUUCCGGACAGGGGAGACAAACUUCUUUUAUCAGAUGUUAACCUUUCUACAAACAACUCACCAGUCUGGUGUGUGCAGGAAUAACACCAACAGAAUACGGCCUCUUGGCAUCGCAGACCUUACUACUUCCAGUGUAUGUGUGAUGUCACGGUCACCUAACGGUCAACAGGUCAGUCGGUGCUGUACAAGAAGUGUGCACGCGCCUUCUUUCGCUACAUCCGGGCACCGAUCGCCACAAAAAGUGCAUGUGUUAGCUUUGGACAAAGCGAGGUGCGAUCUAUAAUCUCCAAUCUUUCUCUUUCAUCCUCGAUGACAGGAAAGCGAGGAUCGGGGCGCACCUUUGUUGUGCACGUGCUGCCUGUUCGGCUCGGUCGGGUGGAGUCACGUGCCAUCCUAGGUUUGCCGAAGCCGACUUGAAAGAUGUCAGACACUCCCUCCCCUAACCCCUUCCUCACCAGCUUUAAUCAUCAUAGAAGUUUUACACGUGCUGUUGAUGGUGCGGUCAGUGAAGACAACAACUCUUGCUUGUGAACUACAUUUGAGUG